AUGCGGCCUGUAUCAACGGCAGACCUAUCUGGGAGACAUAUAACGCGCCUGCACGCGCUGCGAUGGGGCACCAUUGCACGCGCCGAGGACGUCGUGCCGCCAGUGCCGGCGGCCGCUGCUUCAAACGACUGGGGCCAUCUGCCGCUCUCGGUCGUGCUGCCGAACGGCCACGAGUUCGAGGUCACAUGGCUGAUCUCCCGUGACGCGGCGGCCGACGCGCCACCGCCCGGCCAAACGCAGCAGCUCAACCUCGCAGCGGGCGCUGCGGCCGCGGCGCCCGAGCGCGGCGUCGCAACCGCCGUGCUGCCGCUCCAGGCGUUUGUUGAGGAGCGCCGCCGGCAGCUGCAGUGGCACCGGCAGCUGCAGGAGCAGCUCGAGCGGCAGCUGCAGCUGAGGCACCCGCCGGCCCCGCCGGCGCCGGCCCCGCCCCUCGCCCCGGCGGCGCCGGAGCCGCUUGAACUGUCGGAGCCGCGCGGCCCGCGCGCCUUCGAGCCGGGCCGCCGGUCGCCGCGGCGGCGGCAACUGAACAGGGAGCGCUACUGGCAGGAGGAGUUCCGCGGCCUCCUGCCCGCGAUCAGCCGGGCGCGCUCGGCGCAGGCCCUAGCGGAGCUCGUGCUGCCGCUCGCGCCGCGGCUGAAGGCCGCCGCAGUUUCUUACGCGCUGCAGCGCCUGCGCGCGAUUACAGAAGCGCCCGUCCCCAGCCCCCAGCAUGCCGGCGCCGGCGCCGGCCGCGGCGCCGCGGCUUCAAGGGAAGGCGGCGCCGCCGCCAGCUGCGGCGGCGGGGCGGAGGCGGAGGGCGGACGGGACGCGUACCGCGCAGCUGAGGCGCAGCUGCUGCAGUUGCAGAUGGAUUACGAGCGGCGGCGCCGGGAGGAGGACGAGGGCGCAGCCGGGGGGUUGUUAUCCGAGGAUGAGCAGCAGCAGGAGCAGCAGCAGGAGCAGCAGCAGGAGCAGCAGCAGGAACAGCAGCGGGAGCAGGGGCAGGAGCAACGGUUGGGGGCCGCGCAGCCCGUGGAGUCCAUGCUGCUGCUGGCGCUCUUGCAGCGCAGCCGGCAGCUGCGGGGCGAGGUCCCCCCCGCCGCCCUGUCCGCAGCGGCGUCCGCGGCGCAGUCUUGCGGCUUCCGGCACCCGGGGGCGCUGCAGUGGCUCGGCGCGGAGGCGGAGAGGCAGCUGAAUCAGCUCACGCGGCUGCGGAUACUGUUGGACUCGGCCACGCAGUGCGGCAUGCGGGGCCGCGAGGGCAUGGCGCGCGCGCUCGUGCGGUCGCUGGCCGAGUGGGCGGCGCUGGACGCGUGGCGGCCGCUGGAUUCAGGGGAGCUCGGCGCGGCGCGGCGGGAGCUGCGGCUUCGGCAGCGGCAGGAGCAGCAGCAGCAGGGGCAGCAGCAGCAGGGGCAGCAGCAGCAGGGGCAGCAGCAGCAGGAGCAGCAGCAAGAGCAGCAGCAGGCGGAGGAGGAUGAGUUUGAGCGCGUGCCGGGCUCGGUGUACGCGCGGCGGGACAAGCUGCGGCGGCAGCUGUAUGGCCGCCGCGCCGUCGCGCUGCUGUCAUCCAUGGAGCGCUGCUCUGCGCCGCCGCCGCCGCCGCUGCUGCGGUGGCUGCUGCGGCGCUAUCUUAUUGGAGUUUGA